AGUCGUUCGUGGAAAUGGCCACGUAGUUGCCAAUGUGCGCACCACUAUGGAUAUUGCGCUGGCUUUACAGAGCGGAAAAGUGAGAUUACACAUUUUCUUAUAGCCCCACUCUCAAGGCUUCUUUCUCUCUGAUUGCACCACCUAACCGAACCUCUAGGUCCAGACGUGCCAAAUGCACGCCACACCUAACCAUUCUGUCCUAAACAAACACGUGUUUCUAAUCGUUUAAAAGUAUUUUGACCUGAUUUGUUCAAAAAUUAUGCCACAAUCUUACUACGACGAAGUAGAAAUUGAGGAUUUCGAGUACGACGAGGACGAAAAAAUUUAUUAUUAUCCGUGUCCUUGCGGCGAUCAGUUUCAAAUAUCUCUCGAUGAUCUGGUCGCGGGCGAGGAAGAAGUUACGUGUCCGUCUUGUUCUCUCGUGAUCAAAGUGAUUUACGACAAAGAAACGUUCCGUGCGAAACAAGAAGAGCUCGAGAAAAAAAACAAGAAAAGAGAAUUGGCGAUACGAAACAUCUGAG